CCCGGGCGUGUAUAAAGACGCUUCCUGUGCUCUUCUCAAGAGAAACAUAUUUUGAAACAUUCAUGGCUUGACCAUACAUUAAGAUACGAGAAGCAAAUAACUUAGCAGCCCAAGAUGAACUACGUACCAGGGACGGCUAGCCUCAUUGACGACAUCGACAAGAAGCACCUGGUGCUGCUCCGUGAUGGCAGAACACUGAUCGGUUAUCUCAGAAGCAUUGAUCAGUUUGCCAAUUUAGUUUUUCACCAGACAGUUGAGCGCAUCCAUGUGGGAAAAAAAUUUGGUGACAUCCCCAGAGGAAUAUUCAUUGUGAGAGGAGAGAAUGUGGUGCUGCUCGGAGAGAUAGAUGUGGAUAAGCCCUGCGACACACUUCUGCAGCAGGUCUCCAUUGAAGAGAUUCUGGAGGAACAACGGUUGCAGCAACAAGCCAAACAGGAGACGGAGAAAGUCAAAAUGCAGGUCCUAAAGGACCGUGGCCUUUCCGUCCCCAAAGCUGAUAACUUGGACGAAUACUAACGCUGACUUGAUUCCAAAAGCCUCUUUCUCAGUUUGAAUCGGACUAGGAUAUUUUAAGUUGAAUUUGAGAGCAUGUGGGGUUGUUUAUAUUUUGGGGGGGGGUUUAUGGGUACAAGCCUGCAUCAUGCAGAUGCUGAGCCUAUAUACUGUAGUGUACUGUAUGAAUUUAAUUUGAAUUAUUUGGAGGGGGGGGGGGGAAAUGUGAUAGCUGCUCUGUUUUGCAGAUCACGACAACAGCAAAAUGGGGAAUAUAUAUAUCUCACUCUAUUGGCAAUUUAGCAAUUACUUUACAGCAGCACUUUGUAUUCUGUCACUGAUGCGGGGAGUCUUUUUAUUUGGAGAUAUGCGGUCCUGCUAUUGACAAAAAAAAAACAGUUGCUAUGCUCCAUUAAAAGUUUAGUUUUUCAUUAA